AUGGAAGAGACUCUGGCCGACAUCCGCGUGGUUGGUAAAAGUUUCUUUGAUUUGUUUUACUGUACCCGCAACCUAGCAACGACCGUGGUGUCUCCUCAGGUCAGGGGCUCCGAGCCCGGCUACCGUGAGUGUUACGUGGUCAGUGAGCACUUCAAGAACAUCAAACACGUAUGGGACUGCGCAUAUGUCGUCGGAAUCGAUAUCCCGGCUGAUAUCGAAUUUGGCUACGACCAAGGUGUGGAACGGCUUUUGGAACUCGCCAGGAAUGUGUUCCUACGCCAACCAACAAGACUCUUCGUGCUCGGCCUGUUCGAGACGGGCAAACAGAGGGAGUUUUGGCUCUUUGACAGAUCGGGGGUCUACCGGUCAGGGUUAAACGACGAUGAAUGUGACCUCCAAGCGUUACUCGAUGCGUAUGGAAGUAUGACUGAGCUUGAGCUUGGCAUGAAUCCAUUUCGCGGGCAAGAUUUAAAUGGACCACCGUAUGUCUGCAUCAAGAGCAAUGGGUCACAAACGGGGCAUUGCGAGUUCGAUCACAACGGGGAAUGCAAACUUAUCCUCGAUAAGAAGCCUCUCAUAUGUCCUGACGAUAUUGUCAGUGAAAUGCCGACUUGCUAUCGCGCCACAGACAAACUCAACAAUGAGUUUGUCGUCAAAUUUUCUAGAAAGGAACAAAGCCACCAAAAGUUACUACGUCGAACUAAGGAGCACAACGUCUGCGGCAUCGCCGAGCUCGUCGCCUAUAAGAGCGUCUGUACCAAGACUACACUUUUAACUUGUGCAGUCAUCACCCCCUUUGGUCGUCCCAUUUACGACUAUCGCAUUGUGUUGGAGGUUCUCGAAUGCAUGCGUGACACGAUCAAAGCUCACCGAUCGUUGUAUAUAGAUGCUAAGAUUCUUCAUCGGCAUGUCUCUAUCCGCAGCCUCCGCAUCCAUAACGCUGGAAGGAACAAACGAGACCCUUCCAAAGGAAUACUCAUCGGUUUGGACAACGCCAGGUACAUGGAAAUCGAACCUGAGAAGCCUUACUGCUUGUAUGGAACCAAGACCUUCAUGGCCAUUGACUUAUCGCGCAACAGCGAAAAUCCUGUCCUACAUACAUAUCGCCACGACCUCGAAUCUUUCUUCUACGUGUUCUUGUUUAUAGCAGUGAGUGGACAUAAGAGGCCAUCUCACCAAAGUCGAUUGAGGCCGUGGGAUGUCGGUUCCAAGAACUGGCCAGAGAUCGCUGAGAAGAAGACAAAGGACAUUUCCAGCAACGACAGUUUUUCUGCCAUCCUUGGCGAGUUUCGCCCAGAGUUCAAGGGCCUAGAGAGUUUGGCUUAUGCCCUUCGCGAUGUGCUCUUCUUUCCUGAUGGAAACGAGUUUUUUACAGGCACGAAUAUGGACGUUGAGGCCACGGAAAAGCUGUAUGGCGCCAUGAUUGGCGCUUUUGAGAACGCGGCUAUUGAUACUAGAGAGUGA